AGAUGGAAGGCGUCAGGGCCCGGUGGUUGAAAGCCAAAGCCGGCGCCGCGCCCACCGAUUCGGACAUCGACCGUAUGUACGCCAAAUUCGUACCGAAGAACAUCGCGGCGCUCGAAAAGUUCUCCAAUGUGAUAGAUGGCACGCUGGAAUGCAUGGCGGCACUGCGGAGCCAAGGCGUCAAGAUCGGGUCAUGCACAGGUUACCCGGCUCCAAUCGUUGACAAAUUGAAACCCAUUGCUGCUGCCCAAGGAUAUGUGCCCGAUGUUUAUGUCACUGCUGACGAAGUGCCCCAGGCCAGACCGAUGCCCUAUAUGGUCUGGCUGAACGCGAUCCGCCUCGACGUGAGCCCCAUCGAGGCCGUGGUCAAAGUGGACGACACUGUGGACGGCAUCAAGGAAGGUCUGACUGCUGGCUGCUGGACCAUCGGGGUUGCCAAGACGGGUAACUACGUGGCAGCUUCUCAGGAGGAACUGAACAGGAUGCCUCGCCAAGACCUCGAAAGGAAGCUGAGGAAGGCGUAUGAGAUCCUACAGGAUGCUGGCUCUCACUACGUGGUGGACUCGGUGAAGGAUGUCCCUGCUGUGGUCAAGGAUAUUAACCGUAGGAUGGCUAUGGGGGAGAGGCCACUCAGCCUCAGCCUGGUGAUGGAGGAGCUCAGCAGAUGGUUAUUGAUGCGCCAGGGACCCCAAGGACCCGUAGGACGUCUAGGAGACAAGGGAACACGAGGACCCCCUGGCGUUGAUGGACUGCCAGGGACCCCAGGGCGCAAGGGCCAGAAAGCGCCCACCAAGACGGCGCAUUGGGAAUCCAGUGAGCUCUCUGAUUGGUCCAGAGCCCGUGCGCGUCGACCAAUCACGGGCCAGCUGCGGGAGGCUCGAAGGCAGCUGGGAACCUCAACAUCCCGACGAACUUCAGAAGCAUCCAGCGUCCCGGAGGACCUGGAGCGAACCCGUCUCUGUGUUCUCGAACCAUAA